AUGAUUCAGUCGACCACCUCAAAGCCGGUGCGAAUUGGUACCCGGCGAUCCAAAUUGGCCAUGGUCCAGGCUGAGGGUAUCCGCGAUCAACUAAAGAAGCUCAACCCAAGCCUCUCCAUUGAGAUUGAAACUCUUCACACAGCCGGCGAUCGAGACAAAGUCACAGCUCUUCCCGAGAUCAACGCCAAGAGUCUAUGGACGACGGAACUAGAGGAAAAGCUCACUUCUGGUGAAUUAGACAUCAUUGUGCAUUGUCUCAAAGAUAUGCCAACAAAAAUCCCAGAAACGUGUGAGAUCGCGGCAAUCCCGCCGCGAGAUGAUCCCCGCGAUGCGCUGAUUGUGCAGUCUGGUCUGCCGUUCAAGACCUUGAGGGAUCUUCACGAAGGCGCAGUCGUGGGGACAUCUUCCGUCCGACGUUCGGCCCAGCUUAGUCGCCUGUAUCCCCAUCUCCGGUUUGCGAACCUGCGUGGGAACGUGGAAACUCGUCUAGCGAAGGUCGAUAACCCGGACAGUGAGUACACGUGUAUGAUCAUGUCUGCUGCUGGUCUUGAGCGCUUGGGGUUAGAUCCUCGUAUUGAUCAGUAUCUGGGCUCUAAGGAUGGAGGAAUCUUCCAUGCUGUUGGACAGGGAGCUCUUGGGCUAGAAAUUCGAAAGGGAGAUGUUGAAAUGCAGAAGUUGCUUGAGCAGUUGGGUGAUCGGAAAUCUACGCUUGCCUGCCUUGCGGAGAGGGAACUUUUGAGGACCCUCGAGGGCGGCUGCAGUGUUCCUAUUGGCGUUGAAACAGAAUGGGUAAGAUCCGACGAGCUGAAGAUGGCUGCUAUUGUUGUCAGUCUGGAUGGGUCGGAGAGCGUUGAAGACACAAUUGUGACUAAGAUCGAGAAUUAUGAUGAAGCAGGAAAGUUGGGAAGAGACAUGGCAGCGAGUUUGAUCAGUGGUGGCGCGGAGGCAAUUCUCAAGGCUAUCACCACGAAUCGUCCAUCCAAGGACUGA